UUGCACUCCAGCCUUGGCCAAAAAGCAAGACUCCCGUCUUAAAAAAAAAACAAAAAACCCAGAAUGAGGGUUAGGGAGGCAAGGGUCCCUGGGGACUCCAUGGGGGUCAGGAUGCAGGGACAGCAGUUGCUGCCUCUCCUCUGGGCCCAGGACCCCGCCUCGACCUGCCUAGGCCCUCUCAUCCCGUGCACCUGCCCUUGGUCCCUGCCCAGACCCUUCCCUCCCCGGAGACCAUCUCAGCCCCUGCCUCCCCUAGUCGGAAGCCACCUCCCCAGCCUGCCUAGACCCUGGUACCAGAAACAACCGCUCCUGUGUUCCCACUUGGAUUGCGUGUUCAUGCCGUGUGGUGUUCGUGCCGUGUGGAUGCUGCUGAGGUUUGAACCCUGUGAUGGACCAAGGCUCCAGUGAGCCGCAGCAUGGCCAGGCAGAAGCAGAAGAGACCACUGACCCCCACUCAACUCAGCCUCUCCUUCCUCCAGGGAGAGUGUCCUGGAGGUACCUGUCCCAGUGACAGGGAAGGGGCGGGGCCAGGAGCCAAGGCUGGAAGCUCAGCCCCCACUCAGCCUUUGCAAAUGCUCUAGUGGGAGCAGCUGGCCUCAGGAGAGGGCUUAAAACUCCAGGAGGGCCCGGGCAGGUGUGGACGCGACGGGAGCGGAGGGGAGGCUUUGCCUGGCCCACCUUCCUCCUGCCCUUCUACCAUGUGGCCCUUCCUGAGUCGCUCUCUCUUCCCACCCCCAACUCAGGCCUGGCUCCAGACGGUCUCCUCAGACCCGGAGGCCCAGGGCUGGGGGGCCUGGAACGAGACCAAGGAGACUCUGGGGCCAGAGGGUGGGGAAGGGAAGGAGGAGGAAGAGGAGGCAGAGGAAGACCAGGAUGGGGAUGCAGGCUUCCUGUUGUCUCUGCUGGAGCAAGAGAACCUGGCUGAGUGCCCGGUGCCUGACCAGGAGCUGGAGGCCAUCAAGAUGAAGGUGUGCACCAUGGAGCAGGCCGAGGGGCCGCCAUGGUCUCCGGAAGUGCAGCACCAGGCCGAGGAAGAGGAGGGCACCACGGCUGGGCAGCUGCUGAGCCCUGAGGCCACAGGCUGCCCCCUCCCUGGGACCCCCGAGGAGAAGGUGGAGGCUGACCACAGAUCUGUCUACGUGGGCAACGCGUGUGGGGUGGAGGCCUGGGGCCAUCCCCGCCGGGGGCCACCCUUGGCGUUUCUUUCCCCACCUCUACCAAGAAAGCCCCGAGUCAGGGCCAGGCGUCUCUCUGACAUGCGGGUCUGGGCCUGGGUCCAGGUGGACUACGGGGGCUCUGCCGAGGAGCUGGAGGCCCACUUCAGCCGCUGCGGGGAGGUCCACCGAGUCACCAUCCUGUGCGACAAGUUCUCUGGACACCCCAAGGGUUAUGCCUACAUAGAGUUUGCCACCAAGGGCUCCGUGCAGGCCGCCGUGGAGCUGGACCAGAGCCUCUUCCGGGGCCGGGUCAUCAAGGUGCUGCCAAAAAGAACCAACUUCCCCGGGAUCAGCUCCACAGACCGCGGGGGCCUUCGAGGACACCCAGGCUCCAGGGGGGCACCCUUCCCCCUCAGCGGCCUCCAGGGCAGGCCCCGGCUCAGACCACGAGGGCAGAACCGGGCCCGUGGAAAAUUCUCACCGUGGUUUUCACCGUAUUAAAGGGAAGGCCUGAUUUUGAGAGGGGCUGGGGGCUGGGUCAGGAGUAAACCACUUGAGCUCCAUCCUGGGGCUGGGGCAGGGAGUAGGGCAGGGGCGAGGCCAGAGGAGAGGGGUGUCCGGAAGAGCAGCUGCUGGCCCCCACUUGGCCAGGCGAUGGCGCGCUAGGGCCUUGUAUGGUGGCCCAGACCCACGGCCACAGCCACGAGUCACAGUCACAGCCCGGUGGUGGGCCUGGCACCGGCGCCACGGGGAUCUAGGGGGGCUCUGGGCAGUGAGGUGGGGGAGAGGCAGAGGCCCAGGCAGUGCCAGGCCAGCUUGGGGUUGGCAUGCUCAGCUCUUCAACCAAGUCAUUUUAAGAAAAAUAGAAACGUGUCUCUUA